AUGGAAUCCAACUUCCGCAGUGAUAUUCAGUUUAUACUGAGAGUGACGGGGCGUCUCCCACUGUCUGUGCGCCAGAAGAUUUUAGACAUGAACGUCCCUCACAGCCUCCAGCCUCAGAUGUCUCGCCCUGGUUCAGCUCGAGUCAUUAUAACUGAGCAUGGAUCAGGACAUAUCAACCCCACCCCUACUCCUCGACCCUGUGAAGAGCUGGAGCCCUACCUUACCCCAGAGACACUGGAACUAUUAUGUGGGACACAAGACCUAUCAGAGGUGACCUCAUUGGAAAUGUGUGUAAACUUACACAACACACUGGGAAACUUUGGUAAAUACUUGCCCAAGCUGGAGCAACUUAAAAUGAAUAAUAGUGUAAUACGCUCAAUCAGAGAUAUUGGGAGUUCCCUCUCUAGGCUGCAGGUUUUGUGGAUGCCAUGCUGCAGUCUAGAAGACUUGGAUGGCAUUUCAUCAUUAUCCACACUCAAGGAGCUAUACUUGGCCUAUAACAAAGUGUCAGAGCUGAGUCAAGUGGGCAUGCUGGAGAACCUGCACAUCCUGGACUUGGAGGGGAACGACGUGGAUGACUUGGUUCAGAUUCAGUUCCUUGGCCUGUGUACCAAGCUCCAAAAUGUCACUCUGGAUGGAAACCCCAUUUGCAAGAGCCCAAGUCCACUUGAGCCUCAGACGCCUGACUAUUGCUAUCGAGCAGCCGUGCGGGAGUUGAUCCCUCAGUUGCGUUACCUUGACAACAUGAGAGUGGAGGAGGAAGGCCUGAGCAGCAGCAGCACAAUGGGAGAGGACUUGGAAACUCUUCAGAACUCCAUCAGAUGCUCCAGCUUCACUCACCUGGACACAGACUACACUGGCAGGACAUCUCCACUGAGUCGGCCUCCGUCAGCUUGGCGCCCGUCCACCAGUCUCUCCUAUGUGCGACCAGGCUCUUCACAAAGCCCAAGACCCCACACUGGCUCCAGGCCCCCCACGGCGACAGGACUCUUCUCUCCUUCUGGAUCCAGGCCAGCAUCGUCUGACUCCGGGUUAUCGACAGAAGAUGCGGAAAGCAGCUCCCUCACGCAUGGAUCUGCCAAAAUUCUAUUCUGUGGAAAUCCUGCACAAGCCAUUCGAGCAAGACGAGAAAAGUUGCAGACGGCUCCCACGACUUCGGCCUUCACACCGCGGGAGCUGCCCAUUCACGUCCCCGAACACACGUAUGAUGUGGAGGAUCCGGGGGAGAACAGCCGCUGUGAUGUGUUUGCUGACCUACGAGUCUGGAGACGCGAACACAGCCGGCGCCUCGAGGCAAUAAAAACAGAAAAACGUCCUCAGAUUUUAACAAUUCAACAUGGUGAUGAAGAGGACAACGAAGAGGAAGAUUGUUUUGAUGGUCUCCAAAAUUCUAGCUCUGAUGAAGAGGACGAGAUGUGCUGUGGGGACCAGGAUUCAUCCGAUUCUUUACUCCAGUCUCCCUCACCAGACAUGGAUGAUUCCUCAGACGCCAUCCUGUUACCAUCUCCUCCGACCACCUCAGCAUCUCAGACCAGUCGCAAAGCUCCAGGGAUCCGCACGCGUCGGCUCCUGAAGGCCAGUACUGAACUCUUGGCUGCAGAUUACAACAGCACAUGUCACAUAGCAGAAGUAUCUGUAAAUGACAUGAAAGAGGAGAUCCAGCACACAGACUCAAAAGUAAAGCUUCCGUCCCUGACUCCGCAACCUCCUCCAAGGAAAGGGAUGAUUCAUGGAUCAAUGCUUUCAUGCGCGGACAAACUUAUUCCCUGUGCAGCACCUGAUAACAAGCCUCGUGUAUCCAAAGUUGUGGACAGAGCCCCCCACAGGCCGCGCACCGCCAAUGCAGCGCUUCAGAAACAUCACCAGCACCUCUACAUCAUUUGCCAGAAGUGCAGUAAAGAGUCCAUGCCGAGGGUGGGGAUCUUAAUUGAUAAGAAGAAUACCAAAGACUUUGCCUGGAGACUUCAGCAUGUGUCCGUUGACAAGCCGAUACAGGAGUCCUCAGGCCAAGCUGGAUCAGGUAGCCCGCGGCUGACAACAAACUCUGACAGGCUGUUUUUUCACCUCUUGUUUUCACCAGCUGCACAUGUCUUCAGAGCUGCCCGACCGCCUCUGACCUCUGCUGCACUGGCACGCUCCUGGAGGCACACACACUCUACACCCUGCGAGGGAGACAACAGAGCUGAGAGUAUAGAAACAAGAGACAAGGAGGGCGAGCUCUCUGAGUCAGUGCCAUGCAGCGUUAAACAGAAGUGA